AUGACCACCUCCAGCACAAGCCGCCUCAGCUUCGGCGAGAACUACGCGGUCCUCAACCUGGACUGGAUGACGGUUUUAAUCGACGCUCCAUCCACCAAAAGUCCCCCCCGUCCGCUCACCGUCUUCUCCACCCUCUCCUUCCAACGCGGCCAGCCCGAGGUCCAGCCCAACACGCCUUUCGCCAACCUGAUCGCCCCAUAUGGCGAGUUCGCGACUGGCUCAUCGGAGGUGCGGAUCGCUGAAUACUUCAAGCUCGACGAGCAAGACAUCAUCCUACAGAAGACGCGGUGGAGUGCGACCAUGGGCAAUUCCUUGGAGCAGAUUUUGCAAGCGCGCAACAUCAAAACUGUCAUAAUUUCUGGACUAAGCCUCUCCGGCGUCUUGAUGGCUACGAUCUACCGGUUGUUCGACCUCGACUACGAUGUCUACGUGAUCCGCGACAAUGUGUUGGAGUUGCCGGUGGACCAAUUUGCUGCGUUGUCGAGUGUUAUGUUGGAUAUGCUGCUGCCAAAAAUGGGACUCAAGGUUAUCUCUCUGGACGAGGCGCUUCAGGCGCUGGAGCGGUCGUAG